AUUUCCAUGUACUUAUUGGCAGCAAACCGCACCGGGAGGGGGCGUGGCUCGCAAUGGAACAAGGAAGACGCGGGGCUUUUUUUGUUAAGAGAAAUUCGGCAGCCGAUUGGUCAACUUGGUAGGCGGGACUAAUAUUGGAGUGUGAAUCCUGGUUUCUGACAUCAACUCCUCUACCUUGAUUGCUCCCUCCCGCUCUACUAGACAAGUUAAAGUUUGUGCUCCAUACAGUAACAAUGUGGAGCAGGGGCCCAGAGACCGAGGUGGGAUGCAAGCGGCAAGAGAAGGAAGGUCCAGUGUUGGAGAUCAAAGUGAGGAGCUCCAUGAUGGAGGAGACCUGUUAGGCAUGGAGUGUGACAAGGGGGAUCAACAAGGCCUGGAGGAUGAGAGAGACCGUCUACGCAGGGAGAUCAGCAGGGAGCUGAGGAUUAAGGAAGGAGCAGAAAAGCUUCUGAGAGCUACCACAGAACGCAAGAACCUGGGACAUGUAGAGACCAUGCUUAGGACAUGUGAGAGACGACUGGAUAACUUGAAAUUGGAACUGGAUGAACUUGAUGUCUGUCCCACAUCACCAAACGAGAAGUCAGUUUACCCAAUUUCUCCAGGUGUCCUCAGCCCGAUCCAGCAUGCUCGCGUGUCCCGGUUAGAACGCCAGUUGGAUAUAGAGAUGCGAGUGAGACAAGGAGCAGAAAAUAUGAUCCAGAUGUACAGUAAUGGCUCCGUCAAGGAUAAGAAGCUGCUUUCCACUACUCAGAAGAUGUUAUCCGAAAGUGACGCAAAGAUCCAUAGUCUACGCAAUCAGAUCCGAAGGGCGGCCCAGGAGACAUCUGGGGGAGGGGCAGGCACAUCUGAAUUAUCCCACACUGAAAUUCAUAUCGAGGAGCUGAGACACCACUAUCGGAUCGAGCGGGCUGUCUCUGAGGGAGCGGAGAAUGCCCUGCGGAUGCUGGGAGGUGUCAAGUCCCAGGACAAGAGUGCGGUCAAUGAGGUGCAGGCUCGCCUUGUGGAGUCUAAGCAGAGACUAGAUCUCCUGACACUGUCCCUACAGAAGUGUCUCGAGGACCUACCUGAUGACCACCCUAAGAGAUGUCUCUUGCGAGAGGAGAUGGCCAUGUGUGAUUCUUCAACAAGAAUGGGGGCGCCAUCACCUACUUCUCCUUAUAGUAGUACCCUCUCCAAAUCUGCUCCCCUUACAGGGGUACUCCAGGUCCGGCUCUUAGGCUGUACCGAUCUGUAUGACCCCAUCCGGGGGCGUACAAAGAGUUCACCUGUCUGGUUACCUGGAAAUAACCCCCUAGAAGGAAAGACAAUGAGGACGAGACCGUCACGGAGUAUGUAUUCACGAGCAACCAGCCUGAGCCGCAGUGAGGACUUUUCAAGUGAGAUCAACGUUGUCUUACGGUUGGAUAAUGUGGUGGUCGGUCAGACUUCUUGGAAGACAGAAGGACAUGACACAUGGGAUCAGGUGUUCAAACUACAGCUUGAGAGGUCACGUGAGCUGCAGGUCUCUGUGUACAGGAGAGAUACCCGCACACUUUGUGCUAUUAAAUAUGUGAAAUUAGAAGAAUUUCUGGACGACCAACGGAAAGAAACAUAUCUGGAACUGGAACCACAAGGAAUGCUACUGUGUGAGGUAACAUUUUAUAAUCCAGUGAUUGAAAGGUUCUCCAAACUACGCCGACAGAAGAAGAUUUUCUCCAAAGAACAAGGAAAGGUCUUUCUUCGUGCUAGACAGAUGAACAUUGAUCCUUCUACCUGGCUCCGUCUCCUGCGAAGAGCAAUCCCGGCCAGUACUGGGGGGUACAGUCCUGCGGAGCGCAUAGAAGGGUUAAACCUGGACUCUCUGACACUGGGACCAAGUCAGGAAACACAUGACGAGGUGGAUGCUCCAGUACUCAAGAGUCCACCAACAAGGCGGGAGAGCCAGAGGCGAACGCAGAGCGUCUCACAUCUCUCUUUAGAAGACUUCAGACUUUUGGCUGUCUUGGGUAGAGGACACUUUGGAAAGGUCCUGUUGUCUGAGUACAAGGAGACUGAAGAUUUAUUUGCAAUCAAAGCUCUAAAGAAAGGAGAUAUCAUUGCCAGGGAUGAGGUUGAAAGUCUCAUGUGUGAAAAACGGGUGUUCGUAGCAGUAAGUGGAGCCUCACACCCGUUCUUGCUCAGUCUUCUGGGAUGCUUCCAGACCCGGGAUCAUGUCUGCUUUGUCAUGGACUUUAUGGCUGGAGGAGACCUAAUGACUCAUAUACACACAGAGGUGUUCAGUCAGCAGCGAGCAAUGUUUUAUGCAGCAUGUGUCCUUCUUGGGCUUCAGUUUCUGCACAGUAAGAACAUUGUGUACAGAGAUUUAAAAUUGGAUAAUCUGCUGCUGGACUCAGAAGGAUACGUCAAGCUGGCGGAUUAUGGUCUUUGUAAGGAGGGAAUGGGUCCAUCAGAUCGCACCUCCACGUUCUGUGGAACGCCUGAGUUUUUGGCUCCUGAAGUCCUUACAGAUGCCUCCUACACCCGAGCUGUGGACUGGUGGGGUUUUGGAGUUCUUAUAUAUGAGAUGAUGGUUGGAGAGUCUCCAUUCCCAGGAGAUGAAGAGGAGGAAGUAUUUGACAGCAUUGUUAAUGAUGAAGUCCGGUAUCCGCGAUUCCUCUCAGCCGAGGCCAUUGCCAUUAUGAGGAGGCUUUUGCGCAGAAACCCGGAAAGACGCCUGGGCUCGGGAGAACGUGAUGCAGAAGAUGUAAAAAAGCAGCCAUUCUUCAAGGAGCUGGAUUUCGAGGCCCUCCUUGCCCGCCGGCUACCCCCUCCAUUCACCCCGUCUGUCAAGGGGCCACAUGACAUCAGCAACUUCGACCCUGAAUUCACAUGCGAAGGACCAGAGCUGACCCCUCCGAAGGAACCCCGACUAUUGACCCCCCAAGAACAGAGCCUGUUUCUGGGCUUUGACUUUGUGAGGGACGGCGCCUGAGAGAACAUCCACAGCUGGAAACUUUCUUCAUUUCUUUUACCCUUGCAGUAUUUGUUUUAGUUUUUAAUUUUUUUUUAAAUACAUUUCUGCCUGCCCCAUUGCCAUUGCCUUUUUUUCUUCCUACCUCAGGCAGUUGUUGUAAAUAAAGAUCUUUAUUA